CAAGGAAAUACCUAAAGGCUUAGACAUAAACAACCAACUGAACGUUUGGUUGAUCUGGCAAAAUCCUUUUGCUGAAGGAAAGAAUACCUAAGGUAGCAGUAGAUCAUCAGCAUUGAUGUGAAGAAGACGCUUUACGGUAUUCACGAUGAACGGAGAGGCAUUAGCUUUGUUCUGUCUUCUGACGUUGAAUAUCUGUUCACGUUAUGGCGUCCACACUCAGGGGACACAUUUCAUUGUUGGAUUUAUUGGAUCUCCAAGUACCAAUGCACUUAAUGAUGCGGUAAUGCAAAUCUACAUAAUAAAUGCAAAAAACGUUACGUCAAGGGUCUUACUAAGGUACUACGACGAAGGCAAACUCAUAACUGAAAAACAUGAAGUGGAAUAUAAUAAAAGGAAAAUAAUCGACUUCCAAGCCACUCGAUACAUUGAUCAUUUGAAAGGCACUGACAGAAAAGGGAUCUCUAUAGCCUCAGAUGAACCUGUCUCAGUGUAUGGAUUGGACAGAAAUUACAACGUAUCAGGAGACUUUCUCCUGGCUCUUCCAAUCAUUAUAGGGAAACCAAGAUACUUCUACAUCGUUGCCGGCUACUAUCCGGAAACAGGGGGUUACUCCAAGCUCUCUGUGAUAGCUUUUGGUGGCAAGACAAAUGUAUCUAUAAAAGUCAAGAGUACAGGAUAUGUUUUCUAUGGAGGAUUAAGAAUUUCAACGGACAAAGAGUUUGUGAAGACUCUGGAUGAGAUGGAAGCCAUGAGUCUGUAUAGUAAUGACGGGGAUUUUACGGGAACAGAGAUAACGGCUAACGGGCCAGUGUCUGUCUACUCUGGGGUCAUGAGGUAUGAGCAAAACUCACAGUACUGCACAAGCUUGAUGUCAAGUCAGAUACCAGAAGUUAAUGACUGGGGAAGAGAGUUUCUGCUAACUCCAAUGAGAUCUUAUCAUUACAGCUUGAGGAUUAUCGCUGGGUUUGAUAACACAGUAGUAACAAUGGGUAAUUCUUCCGGAAUUGUUCUUGAUAGGGGUGGCUUUACAGAACAACGAGUUCCCCCAGGUGAUGGACUAAGUAGUGUACUUUGUAAGCAACCAUGUUUGGUUGUGAAAUACACGAUCUAUGAUAGCUGUUAUCCUAUUUCAUCACACAGAAUCGGUAAAAGAUUCAUGAUGUUGGUACCUCCUACUAGUCGUUAUUCAUCGGUUGUUAUAUUUCCAGCACCCGAACCUAUAUCAAAGUAUUAUAAGGGUGAGCUCCAAUACGUAUCAGCUGUGGUGAAAAGUAUAUUUGUUGACGGAAUGAGAUAUAACGGCAGGAAUCUGAGGAGUAGCUCAUCAUGGAGGUCGGAUCAGGAAUCGGAGUAUUCCAUGUGGCAUUUAUCGCUAUUGUUAGACAGUGGAUCGGCUCUGAGUUUAUAUCACAUCGACCCCAAUGUAACAUUUUACGUUUCAACGUAUUACUAUGGAAAUGCAAUGUGCCAUGGUUUUCCUUUCGGGUGGAAUAUAUGCCCAUCAAAAAGUCAGACCCAGAUGGAUGGAAUUGAUAAUGACUGUGAUGGACAGAUUGACGAGGAAGUGCUCAAUGGGAUAGACGAUGAUGGCGAUGGACUAGUCGAUGAGGAUGUAUCCGCACCCCCACCCUCUCUCACCCUACCAAGGAAUGACACACUAGAGACUUGCUCACAGAGUGAGAUUGCUAAGCGUCUCGGGGAAGCAACAGGUCAGCCAGGAAAUCCAAACUGCUCCAAGAAGGGAGGGCCAGCAGUUAUCAGUUAUAGUGACACAGUUCUCAAGACUCACGGCUGUACGACUACCUUACGGCGCACAUGGACCAUAACCGAUGGGUGUAGAAAUUCCGUUGAGAAAUCACAACUGAUCACAUUCUCAUCACCCAAACCAAACAUUACUUUUCCAGGAAAUGUCACCUUAAGUUGUAGUUACUCUAUCGACUCUAGUUCCACCGGACGCCCACUCAAACUUGUAAACAGAUGCGGUAACGUGUUGAGGGAACAUUUUGAGGAUGUUCUCGUGGGUCAGUCGAGGUGUCCAAGUGAAACCCAGGUGAUCCACAGAAGAUUCGUGAUCGCGGAGGAUUGUGGGAGAUCCUGGACACACGUACAGAAAAUAGUGUUUGAACCAGAAAGAUCAUUAACAGAAUCUUUGAAAAAGAGGGUUACAGGGGUUGGUGCAGGACUUGGAGUUUUUCUUGCGGUUGCCAUAGUGAUCAUCGUUAUUUUGCUAUGCUUCCUCAAGAGACGACAACAAUCCCCUCCCCCUGAGCCUGUCCCGAAGCCAAAGUCGCUAGAUCCAAGUCCCCAGUCACUAGAUCCUAGAACCCAGUCGCUAAAUGUCAGCUAUCAAGGACUUGUGUUUAAAAACAAAGAUACCGAUGGUGCAGUUGGAGCCAGCAGUUCGCACAGCUAUGAUGAACAUAGAAUGGACCCUCUUGACAAGGAAAGCGGAGGGGACGGAGAACCAGGCCAUGAGAAACAAAACGAUUUGCUGUAUGAGAAUACAGAAUUCCAACAAGUAUAUGCUAAUGAUCUGAGCAAUCAAGAUAUCUGGGACCAUUCAUCUAUUGAGAUGGAUAAAAAUUAUAAUAGCAUUUACGAAAUCCAAUAAGUGUAACACAAAGGGACGAAUGCCGGUUGCAUGCUAUAAAUUGAUAAUUGAAAUAGAAGCCAAAGAAAGGAGUAAAAGUAGGUGAGCAUCGAUUUUUUUUUACGAUUUAUUGACAUCGCAUACAAUUUAUGAGAUUUCAUUCGACCUUUAUUUUGUAACAGAUCAUUUACGGGAAAUAAUUCGGAUGAUAACAACGGGAGGAUGGUAAGCCUUUGUCUGAACUUAGCCUCAUUUAAAGUUAUGGCGGCAGUAUUUUCAAACUCGUAAGCGAAAACACUUGCUGAGCGCACUAAUGUCAUCCGGGACAUAUCAUCCGGGACAUAUAUCAUACGGGCCACAUAUGGAUGGAGAACCAAGAUACAAAACGGGGACUUAUUAUACGGGACACAUAACAUACGGGACAUAUAUCAUACGGAAAAUACCAUACGGGGAACUUAUUGUAUGGGACUCAUAUCAUACGGGACAGAUAUCAUACGGGACACAAGAAAACCGUGGAUGCGCACAAGUGGUUGGUUACCAGAGACACAGGAGUGCUAGGGAAAAAAAUAGUCAAACAGUAGACCGAGUAGAAGAAUAUCUGGAAAGAAGAAUAUCUGGAAAUUUAAUAAUAAAUGCUGUAUCGACUUACAUCAUGAAAGCUGUUCCAAAGAUACCUUCUUAUUGUUAA